AGCGCGCGCUCAGAUGCUGCGCUCAGACGCGCAUGGCGAGGCUCCGCUUUGGAACGAACUGGAUACGCGUGUCUCUGCAAACUGUAGGGAAAUCAAAUUCGCCCAAUUGAUAUCCAAAAAAAAUUAAAUGUCUUUGUGGAAGUAGCUCUGUUUGCCGGUUUACAAUUUGCUUCGCCGUGGAGAGGUAAACGAGAGAGAAGAGGAAUACGGUAACAUAUGGCCAUGCCUGUCCGACGGAGAAGAGUGGAUUUAACAUAAACUGGAUACAUCCGCGCUUUGGAUUAAAGUUGCGGUUUGAAGAGCCUCUACUUGGCUUCAGCCAUCUCCAUCUGAUGGACGUCUUCAUGCAGUAUGCCUACAAUGAGAGCUUCUUUGAAAAUGUAUCCCAGGACUUUAAUGCCACGGGACAAGGGGGAAGGCACCAGUAUAAUUAUUAUGCCAUGCUUCUCACGCUCCUCAUUUUUGUCAUCGUCUUUGGCAACGUUCUGGUGUGCAUGGCCGUCUCCAGGGAGAAAGCCUUGCAGACCACCACCAACUACCUGAUAGUCAGCCUGGCCGUGGCUGACCUGCUAGUUGCGACGCUUGUAAUGCCAUGGGUGGUUUACCUUGAGGUGGUGGGAGAGUGGCGCUUCAGCAAAAUUCAUUGUGACAUCUUCGUCACCCUGGACGUGAUGAUGUGUACAGCGAGCAUACUCAAUCUGUGUGCCAUCAGUAUUGACAGGUAUACAGCUGUGGCCAUGCCCAUGUUAUACAACACACGCUACAGCUCCAAAAGAAGAGUCACGGUUAUGAUCUCCGUUGUGUGGAUUCUGUCUUUUGCUGUAUCAUGUCCGCUGCUCUUUGGACUUAAUAAUUCUAUCACCCAUGACGAUGCCCUGUGUGUGAUCGCCAACCCUGCCUUUGUAGUGUACUCCUCCAUUGUUUCCUUCUACGUGCCCUUCAUCAUUACCCUACUAGUAUAUGUACAGAUUUACGUAGUAUUGCGUAAGCGACGGAAACGGGUGAACACCAAGCGCACCUUCCCGGUUACAGACGUGGACAUGAGCUCCACUAUAAAGAAGUGCACACACCCCGAUGAUGUGAAACUGUGCACUGUGAUCGUCAAGUCCAGUGGGAAUAUUCCUGUGAACAACAAAAAUGUGAUCUUCAUAAAGGAGGUGGUAAACAAUGCGGACGACAUCCAAAUGGAUGAAAUCUCAAACUUAAAUCCUCCCAGACAGAAGAAGCAGGAUCUGUGUGAUACGAGUCAACACAGCAGGCUGGUUAACACUAACCUGAGAGAGACUGACAUCUCACCCCCGUCGCCUGAAGCUGGCGUCAAACCCGAAAGAAACGGCAACACCAGCAAUAUUGCGAAAGUGACCAAAGCGUUUGAGAUCCAGGUCUCACCCAACGGCAAAACGCAGACGUCAGUGAAGUCUCUUAACAAGCGCAAAAUCUCCCAGCAGAAGGAAAAGAAAGCCACACAGAUGUUAGCUAUUGUCCUUGGUGUAUUCAUCAUCUGCUGGCUGCCGUUUUUCAUCACACACAUUGUGAACACAUACUGCCAUGUCCCAGCUGAACUCUACACUGCCUUUACGUGGUUGGGCUACGUGAACAGCGCCGUUAAUCCAAUCAUAUACACCACGUUCAACAUUGAGUUUCGCAAAGCUUUCAUUAAGAUUCUUCACUGUUGAGCAAUUCAAAGGACCAGACGGGAAGGAAACCAUACCUCAAGCAGUGGACACACACUGCACAUCUUAAUUACAAUAAAACUCCAGAUGGUCUGGUGACAACGUCUGCUAAAUUUCAUUGGGAUGAAACCACGGCUUAAAGAAUGUAUAUAAAGUGUUUGUAUUAUAAAAUGUAUUUUGGUUUUGAGAUAAUGUUGCACACACAAAAAAAAGUGCAUAUUACAACACAAAAC